ACUCACUCACUCACUCACUCCCUUGUUUGACAGACGUCUGUCUGACUGUCGUCUGUCAGUCAGUCAUUUCCAAGAAGAUAGAAAAAAAUGUAUAAAAAAUCGUAGUCCACAGCAGUAUGGUUGAAAUAAUCAAUCUAAUUUUAUUUCUAUCAAGAAAUGUAGUUUAAAACUGUAUUCUGGAAGCGAAAAAUUAACGAAAUGAACGAAUAAAAUAUAGUGUACAAUGUGUAUCUAGUGUGUGAUCAAUGUUAUCUUUGAAGCCCAGAAAUUUUUAGUGUGAAAAUAUUAUUGCUGACUUAAUAUGGUCAGCAACAUAUUCUCUUAAAAAUGGCUAGUAAAAUAGAGCACAUGAGCUAACAAUGAGUGCUCCAAGUGGGUGUGUUAGCUGCAAUGAUGGCUCUCAACAGUUCGACAUUAAACAUGACGCUGACUGCUCUGAAGGGGAGGAUGCCCAAAUCCGACUGGCGCCCCAUGUGCAGGCAUAUUUGGCCCACAACAAUCCCACCACAAAUUGUUGCGGACUGGCCAUCCCCAUUGCUUUUGAAAGAGCUGCAGCUGGUACUUGGUGGAACCCCAGAUUUGAUUCCGAAAUACUUGAAGGCCAAUACCGAAGCAGUUCCUUUAAGCAGAUACGGUUAAGAUUCAGAUUUGCACUUUUAUACAUUUUGAUAUUUUCUAUAUCCUGGUUUGUCUACUUUGUGGGCCUUGGCUUGAAUGGUGUGACAGUAAAAUGGCCAUUCCUUUGUUCUAUGUUUGGUGGGGUACUCUUAAUUACGUCUGUUAUGCUGUUUGUCACAUUUACAAAUAUUUAUAAGAUUUACACAUUUAAGCUGUCCCUAGUCAUGGCACUUGCUCUGUGUUCGCUGAGUCUCUCCCUUGUGACACUGACCACCCAGGUAGAAUCAGCAUCGUCCCAUGCUGCAGACAUAAGCCAGUCAGGUCACUUUACCAUGUGUAUUGAGAUCUUAUUGAUUAUAUACACUUUAACUCCACUACCAUUGUAUGCUUGUGUUAUCAUUGGACUUGUAUAUUCCAUUGUAUUUGAAAUUUUGAAUAUUGUAUUGCACUUAACAGAACAGCAAUGGCUAGGUCCUGGAAUGUUUGUGAGGGUCCUACUUCAAUUUUGUGCCCACAUAAUAGGUGUACAUAUUUACUUAAUGACGUUUGUAAGAAUGCGUGGGACAUUUAUGAAAGUUGGCCAAAGCUUGCUUGUGAGGAGACAACUUGAAAUGGAAAAACAGUUAAAAGAGAAAAUGAUUCACUCUGUGAUGCCUCCUAAACUGGCCAGCUGGUUAAUGGAAGAGCAAGUGUUAGAAUCUGAACCAAAUCUCAAGCCUCAUGAUCCACUUAACCCAAGAGUCUCAAAUCCAGGGGCUUCAGACAUAAAAUCACUAUUCAGACCAUUUAAUAUGAGCUGUAUGGACAAUGUUAGUAUUCUAUUUGCUGAUAUUGUUGGAUUCACUAGGAUGUCCAGUAAUAAAGGUGCUGAUGAGUUAGUUAAUAUAUUAAAUGAUUUGUUUGAAAAAUUUGAUGAAUUAUGCCAAAUUCAUGGAUGUGAAAAGAUAUCUACAUUAGGAGACUGUUAUUACUGUGUGUCUGGUUGCCCAGAACCAAGACCAGACCAUGCAACAUGCUGUGUAGAAAUGGGAUUAGGUAUGAUAGAUGCAAUUCAAGAAUUUGAUAGAGAAAGAGGUGAGGGCAUCAACAUGAGGGUGGGUGUGCACACUGGGACUGUCCUGUGCGGAAUCGUGGGCACACGAAGGUUCAAGUUUGAUGUAUGGAGCAACGAUGUCACAUUCGCCAAUAAGAUGGAGUCCACUGGAAAGCCAGGCCGUGUCCAUAUCUCCGAAGAGACCAGCAAGUUUCUCGGGGGCUCCUACGUUUUAGAAGAAGGAGAGGAAGUGUUUGGUCACAAAACCUACUUCAUUGAAGGCCGUCAGCUGUAUUCCCCGUACGACAACGAUCAGUGUCAUACUCCCGCAAAUCCUGUGAAUUUACGCCUUAUCAUAUCUCCUGCUGUGUCCCCUCAAUCCGCUCUCUCAUUUACCCACUCCCCGCCUCCCGUCUCUUCGAGAGACAAUGACACGAAUGACAAGCACAGUCCAGGGGUACAUGAUGUCAACAACUUCUUAUCACCGAACCCAUUCAAUUUUCGUACUAAAGCUAGUUCACUGCCAAGCAUAUUAGAUUCAGAUGUCGAGUUAGACGAGAAAAGGGAUAAGGGUUUCCCAGAAAGAAACGAGAAUUCAUCAAAAAGUCCAACAUCUGUAGGAAGCUACGGAAAGUAUACUAAUAAGUUAAAAAAUUGGAAAGUGCCCAGAUUUUUGAGAAAACAUUCCGACACUCCUUUACACGAGAUGAAAAAACAGGAGUAUAGCGAUAAGACGAUACACUUUUUGGAGCAGGGCGACGGGACCGGCGUUCAGUCUAGCAACGGGUAUCAACAAGUGCCUAUAGUAAUAGAAUCUCAAGACAAUAAAAAUGCUAGGCCUAUACAGAGUCAUAGUAAGCUGCAUAUACCGCAGAUCCAUGACAUGGGAUCUUUCGAGAGGGAGGUCAUAGACAUUCGGUCGUAUCUGAGUCAGUCCAGGAGUAAUAUGUCGCCGUUUGCCAGGAGUAGCAGCUACAGAUCCCAGUACGGGAGACCACACAACCAUAUUGAGGUGCCCGUGUGCCGCGCUCGAAGUUCGACAAUAACAACGCAAGGGGAGCUCACGCGGCCCAAAGAUCGGAAGCUCAACCUUCCCUUACCGGCGCCUCUGCCUGUCAGGCCGCAGGACGAUGCCGUGAGCCUCUGCCCUUCAGUCAACAGCCGCAAAGACUCCGGCAUCAGAAGCACCAGUCGGAGGUCUAGCAUACAGCAGCAGAUAUUCGCGUUGAAUCACGCAGCGCUAGCCACGUCCCAGGCGGACAUGAUGCAGCACCGCGUGUCGGGCUACUACACCUCCAGCCAGUCGUCGCUCAAUGAGCCCUCCCGCGCGCGCCUGCCCGGCCCCCUCAACGACCAGCAAGUGCAGUCCCUCCAGAAACUACGCAAGCAAUCCGACCUCCAACUCAUCCGCUGCGUCCAGGACAAUGCCAGGUCAGGAGUCAACUAUUUUGUCCAAAGACCUCUCAACAGAUUCACCCUCUCCUUCAAAUCCGACGAAAUGGAAAAACACUACAGGGACAGAGCCCACAGGAGCGAUGACACCGAGGACUUCCCCCCCACGCUCACCACGUCUCGCUUCAACACCGCUCUAGACAUACUUGUAUCCAUGAUCAUAUUCUUAGCUGUGACCAUUUCAGUAUUCGUAUUGUACGGGGAGUGGCGAUUCUCCGCGGGGUGGUUCGCCCUGUUAGCUUUAAUUGAAAUCACAGCUAUCUCCCUCUGUAUCUACAGACAUUACCUAAAGUGGAAGACGAAAAACGAACCUCACAUUACAGACACGAUCAGGAAGUCUGUUAAAAUAUUUAGGCAGCUGUCCAAUUGGUAUCCGUGGCAUCUAUCUGGCAGUCUAUUGAUAAGUUUACCUAUUUUAGCCGUCCUUAUAAACUUCUCAUGUAAUCAUACGACGUUAGUAAUUUUGAAAGGAGAGCAGUCGUUCUACGUUUACCUGCUGUGCCUGAGCAUAGUGCACUUCUGCAACUUCACCCAGAUGUGUUGGCUUGUGAAAAAUACUCUAGUUACGAUUUAUGCUGGUUUGUUUCUAUUCCUCGCCGUGCUCGGCUGUCCCGACUCUAAUACUCAAAUUGUAGGUGAUAUUAUAAAUCCAAAGUUGGCGAAUUUCUCUUCUUUUGUAAAUAAUAUAACGAAUGAUUCCUCCGAAGAUUGGUUUCAAGGUAACAGCAGUGUGGAUCGUGUGAGCUACGGACAGCAUGAACUGCAUUUAACAGAACUUUAUUUAGAUGUAGCUUUGUUGUUAAUGCUGGUCUGGUUCUUGAACAGGGAAUUUGAAAUUAGUUAUCGUUUAAGCUUUUACAGUAAUGUCGUCGCGAAUCGUGACAAACAGAGAGUGCAAAACAUGAGGAAUCAGGCGGAUUGGUUGCUGCAUAACAUUAUACCGCGACAUGUGGCAGAUCAACUCAAAAACACUGCUAAAUAUUCCGAGAAUCAUAAGGACGCCGGUAUAAUAUUUGCCAGUAUAGUGAAUUUUAAUGAAAUGUACGAUGAGUCUUAUUUGAAGGGUAAGGAGUACUUGAGAGUACUCAACGAACUGAUAGCGGACUUCGACGAGUUGUUAGAAAGGCCGGAGUUUCAACAUGUAGAGAAAAUUAAAACAAUAGGCAGCACGUUUAUGGCAGCUAGCGGGCUCAACCCCGAUCUGAGGCAAGUCUCGGACGACCAGCACGAUCAUUUGUACCAGUUGAUGGAGUUCGCUUUAGAAAUGCAGAAGGUGGUUGAUAAUUUCAAUCAAGAUUUGUUGGAAUUCGAUUUCAUACUCAGGAUCGGUUUUAAUUUUGGCGACGUGACGGCGGGUGUGAUAGGGACUACCAAGUUGUACUACGAUAUCUGGGGCGACGCGGUGAACAUAGCGUCUAGGAUGGACUCUACGGGCGUGGUCAAACGCAUCCAAGUCGGCGAGUCGUGUAUCCCUGUCUUGUCCAAUAGGUACGAAUUCGAGCAACGAGGCAGCGUCUAUGUCAAAGGCAAAGACGACAUGAACGUUUACCUGGUAGUCGGCAAGAAGGAAACAUAGAUAGUAAAAUCGCUCGUAUGAAACAUAGAAUCUGUGAUUUAUAUUUUAUAUAUUGUAUUGAUAAAUGUAAAGAACCCUAUUUAUUGUGUGCAGUGCAUUAUUGUAGAAGUAAAAGCUUGAAGAAAUACUCUGUGUUGUAAGGCUCAUAAUGUAUAUUAUUAAUUUAUUUUUAUUCUAGCAAGGUAAGAAUAGAAAGUAUACAUGUAAUUAUUGAAAAGUUCGGUAGUAAUAUUAUUAGAAGAAAGUGCUAAAUCUCCUUGCCUAUUUGAUAACGUUAAACCUGUGACCAGUGCUCUAGUCUCAAUUGAAAUUUAUGACGUGGUGGUCUAGUUUUUCUGUAAAUUAACAUUUUGAAUAUAAUGAAGCUUUCCAUGUCUCAAAUGGUAAAUGUUAUAAGUCAUGAGAAGGCAGUGUUCACAAAAAUAUUUUAUUAUUAUUGUGCAAAGAUUAGACCACCUCAGUGAUUUGUAUACAG